CAGGGAAGAAAUGGCACUAGCAUCCUCUAGCAGAAAAGUGGUCGACUGUGUUGUCUCCCAAGCCAGGCGAUCGAUAGCGCGCAGUGGCUGCCGCUGUCGUGUAGUCUCAUCAACACAUGUUCCACCCAGUCAGUACACAGCUGCAGUCAUGGCUGCGUUUUCAUCGUCUGCUAGGCAUGAGGGCCCUGCAGUUUCUUCUCCCCCUCAAAGUUUGUUAAAACCCAUGGAUGUUCCCAAAAAACUCUUGAUGGGACCAGGGCCUUCCAACUGUCCCCCAAGAGUUCUUGCUGCAGGAGCAUUGCCAAUGAUUGGCCAUUUACAUCCUGAGUUCUUGAAGAUUAUGGAUGAAGUGAAAGAAGGAAUACAGUAUGCAUUUCAGACUAAAAAUGAGUGGACGUUUGCUAUUUCUGGCACAGGUCAUGCUGCCAUGGAGGCCUCCGUAGCCAAUAUUUUGGAGCCCGGAGAUGUGGCGCUGGUUUGUCAGAAUGGGAUCUGGGGACAGCGGCUCGCUGACAUGGUGGACAGGAAUGGUUCAACUGCAGCCGUGAUUCAGUGUCCAAUGGGUGAGGUGUUCUCCCUUGAGCAAAUUGAAAAGGGUUUGCAAGAGCACAAGCCUGCCAUGGUGUUUAUUACAUACGGAGAAUCAUCUGGAGGUACAGCACAGCCCCUGGAAGGACUCGGCGAACUGUGUCACAAGUACAAUGCUUUGCUCCUGGUGGACUCUGUAGCUAUUUUGGGAGGAUAUCCUUUGUACAUGGAUGCCUGGGACAUUGACAUCCUCUACGCGGGUUCCCAAAAAGUGCUGUGCUCACCUCCAGGCACAAGUCCUAUCUCCUUCUCACAGAGAGCCAGAGACAAAAUUGCCAGCAGAAAGACCCGAGUGAGGUCAUUCUACUUUGAUGCAAAAGAACUGGCCAACUACUGGGGUUGUGAUGAGCAUCCAAGAAGGUAUCAUCACACAGCCCAGGUGUCGACUGUGUUUGCUCUGAGGGAAGGUCUCGCUCGGCUUGCAGAGGAGACUCUUGAGAAAUCUUGGAAAGAUCACAGAGAAUGCGCUGAGUUGCUGUAUGAAGGCUUGGAGAAACUAGGGUUGGAGCCCUGGGUAAAGAACAAGGAUAUCAGAAACCCUUGCGUUACCGCCAUCAGAAUCCCAGAGGGAGUCGACUGGAAGAGCGUAGUCGACUAUGCAAUGCAAAAUUAUAAAAUCGAGAUUGCCGGCGGUUUGGGUGACCUCGGUGGAAAAGUGUGGCGUAUUGGAAUUCUGGGAUACAACUGCACUCCUGAAAACGUGAAGCUCACUUUGAAAGUCUUCGGUGAGGGUCUGGCCAAUGCUCGUAAGUGAGGCAGAGGCGGGUACGAGGCCGAGAUCAGAGGUACACUGCGGGAGAUCGGAUGUAUCUACAGGAGAUCGGAUGUAUCUACAGGAGAUCGGAUGAACACUGCUGUUGUUUUGCUGACAUGUGCUCCCGCUCUUCCAAAUUGGGACAAAUCAUGAAUCAAAUGUGGAAGAAAAAAAGGAUUGUUUUAGAAUUCUGGAUUCCCCUUUUUAAAAAAAAGAUUAUUUAAGUAAGGGAAGAGGGUUCGGGGAAGGGGGGGGGGGGGGAGAGAGAGAAAGAAAAAGAGAGAAAGUAUGUCUGUGUUGAAAUGUCAAGAGUUCUACCUUCGUGAAUUGCAUCAGGGUGCCAGACUACCAGUGUAAUGGACAAUCAGUGGUAUGUACAUGGUGAACUGCUAAGCCUCUCAACCAUGGCUGUGCAUUCUCAUUUGUGUAAUUUCUAUAGUGUACUAAUUAUCAUAAUUAUCUACAUAUACACUUCAAUUACAUAUACAAUUUUUAAUUUUUCACUUGUUCAUCUCAACUGAUGUUUUUCUUCUUUUCUUCUUGUUUCAUUCUUUCAACCUCUAACCUAUCGAAACUGCAUAAUUUGUUUCAACUUUUGACAUUAAAAAUUUUUUUUUAAGCUUUCGGCUGACAAAUACAAAUAUCCUUCUCAUUCACAGGCAGUUUUAACUUACUUAAACAAUAACAGUUUUAUAUUUAACAAUUUCUUUUUUUCUUUUGUGGCAAUGGGUUUGAAUUCAUAUUAUACUAUUUACUGACAUCACAGUUCUAGUUCCUGUAGGGUGAAGCUACAUUUUUGUCAUCUUCUCACAUAUACUUUGGUGUGAUUUGAAUGUCAAUAGAAGUUAAUUUGAUUUUUUUAUUUAAAAAAAACCACCUGUUUCAUCUGUAUCGGAACAUACUUUUUAUAUAUUUUUUAAAAAUUUAUGUGAAACUGCUUUUAAAUUUGGAGACAAUUUAUUUACAAAUUGUGCCUUGCUGUUUCAUAUUGUAUUAGAUGGUGUUAGUGGCCAAGGAUUGCUGCAAUCUUUGAAAUGACAAGGUGCUUUCCUGCGGGAACCAAUUGGUUUGGUUUAAGAUAUAUUUGCUGUUCAAGGAGAAUUUACUGGAAUAUGAAUAAAUAACUAUUUUUUCAGUGCUGGUACCGGUACUCAUCUAAUGUCGCAUUCAUUUGGGUUUUGUUUGUGUAGAAAGAAGUAUAUCGACAAGACCAGAGUCUUUAAGUGCAAGGAAAAACCAAUAACGUACUACGAGAAACUACAGAAUGAAAGGAAAGAAGUAGGUCCCAUCUGUACAGCCCUCUAAAAAUCCACAACGGAUUAUGUGCAAGAUAUUUUCGUGUUCAUGGAAAUGUCUGAUUUUUGCUGGGGGGGUCUUCUGUGCUUGCAUCAUCUGAUGCUAUGUUCAUACUAGCCUCGAAGAAACUGUCCUUGAGACCAUCAAUCAUUGCACUUAAGUAAUUUUAUUUUCAGAGUAAUGUUAUUUUUCAAUUUUCUUUUGCCUAGGUACUAGAUAUAAUACUUUGUUUGAGAAAAAUAGAGUAAGGGGACCAAUUCUUGACUGGUGGUAGUGCCUCAAGUAAACUCUAUUUAAGCUCAUCAUUUUAAAAAUCUUUUAUUUUUUUGCUAUAAUUUUGUUGGAGAGGGACAUUCCAUUGCUCUUGCUCGGUCUGAUGUUUUAGAAACACGUCUGAUGUUGUUUCUUUUAGAAAAGUCUGAUGUUGUUUCUUUUAGAAACACGUCUGAUGUUGUUUCUUUUAGAACACUGAACAAAAACUUUCCCUUUUGGCUCAAUCCUAUAGACGUCAAAUCCUAAGGUCCUGUUUUUUAAAAUAAACGUAUAGUGUUGCAGGAGGCUGUGAACCAAUACAAUGUCAAUGUCAAUGUUCUGUUGUACUGGUGCCACAUGGAAGCCUGAGUGAAGAGUAAGAGUUGCUCAAUACAACAGUAGCCUACUUGCCUACAGAUCCCUUCCAUCUCUUCGUCUGUAUAUUUCUGUAUUUUCAGACUAUUGUUGAGAACUAAAUGUUUGAGGUAAGAACUAACCUUGUGAUUAAAGUGUACCCUGCCUUGUCUAAUAGUAGUAAAAGAAUAACAUUUUUGUCUAGUCAGGUUUGCUUGCUCGAUGAUUGUUCUUUUCAGGGUGGACGUUGUGUGUUUUUGGGGUCUAUUUUCUGUUUAACUAAUAGGUCCUUCACUAGUUUUGGCAAAGGGCUGAUGACUGUGAUAUGUAUUGACAAUUUCGAUGGGCGACCAAAUAAGAAAAAAAAUUAAAUUGGGUAAAUCAGGUGUGUUAAAUGAUGAAAUGUCUCGAAAAUUCCUUUGUGUUUACCUGCUCUACUGAAGUUCAUUUAUCCUGUCCAGGAAAGUUGCUAUACCUCAACCUCUUUCAUCGGAUAUUUUUGUCUUCAAAAGCGAGACAAAUGGAUAAGCUGUAACUCUUUAUCUCCGAGGGAGGUAGACCCACUACACUUGGGCCCUUUUUUGGUACUAAAUCUAAAAGUAACGAAAACGUCACUAGAUGGGCCAUUACAUCAAAACUAGCAAACUUAUUAUGAUAUAGUACUUUGUCUAAUGAAUGAACUUCCGGUAAAAGAAACCUAUUUUUGGCAAUUGCCGGAAAAUAAUUUGAUCUAAAUCGUUGUAAAGGAAUGUGCACAGUGGUUCAGACCACAAGCGGCUUGCCAAUUCUCCUACGGGCCCAAAAAUUGACGAGCACCUUAUUCCACCUCAUAACACAAAUGCAUUUAGAUCCACAUACACAGUUAUACGUAUUGUAUCAUUUGUUUUCUGAGGCCACAACACUGAAGUCAAAUUGACUUUGGUUUAUUUUUUAAUUAAAUUCAUUUUCAAAUUAAAAAUGGAGAACCUCUACAAGAAAGCUCUUGUUUUAUUAUAACUUUAUUCUGUGAUGAGUGAAAUGUAUGAAUUGACUGUAUGGUCCAUGCCUUCAACCUGCGCAAUGGCCUCACAUUCAUUUAUAGCUUCUGCUUUCCUCAGCUGUUUAUGAGAUGCUGUUGAUGUAUGUGACAAAUUAAUGGUUAAACUCCUCAAGUUUGUUACAAAAGACGUGUAAGAGUUUCAUGUAUCGUAUGGUUAAGUAGGCAUAAAAGGUUGUCAUUUUUUUUCCCAAGAUUUCACUGUGGUUUUGAGCAGAACAAUUCAUAUGAACAAAAAAUUACUGGCUUAAAAUUUCUCAUAGUCCUAGUAAUCAAAUCACAAUAAGAAGUCGUGCCAUUAUGACUUUACUACAGCAUUAUUAUUAAGAUCUCCGAUUUGAUUUUUACAACCAUCUGACUUUUCUACGCUUACCACAGAUUGUGAAAGUAUGUCAUUAUUAAAUAAUCAUAUUGUUUUUAUUGUGUUGUAAAUGUAAACUUCAGUUGUGUUCUUUAAUAUCCAAGUGCGCAUAUGUUACCAGUAUAAUUGCAUUUAGUGCUUGUUGAAUGCAUUAUUAGACUGUUAUAAGACUUAAUAAAUCAAAGUUACUAAUCAAA